GCGAAAGAUCUACCGGUAUUCGAAUUUCGAUGCUCUCUGGCACCAUGUAUGCAAUCAGGAUAUCUGCCAUUGGCAUAGGCUACAUGAGUUGCUCUUUAGAUUUAGGUUUAGAAAUCAGAGCGAUUGGUGGCUUGGUUUGUGGCGCCGCAACCUUUCGUCCUUGCGAUUCGAUGACUUCCUCGUCCACAUUGCGGCUUGUUCACCAGGGGGGUCCUUUAGCCGCAGCCGCUGUUGCGGUCGGCUUUGGGUGCUCGGAUGUUGGGUCCAAGAAGAAUGCUGUGUUGCUCCACAGUCCCUCGCUGGCGGAGGCAGGGCCAGUGAGGGUCAGAUUAAGCAACGAGGAUCCAGGGGGGGGCAGGGAGGUGCGGUCAUGGGGAUGCAGGCAGGGCUUGUCCACUUCAGGCGCGGGCCCCAGCAAUCACAUCGGCAUAGAAAGCGCAUCUCAGGGGCUCAGAGGCCCUGCGCUGAACGGGGCGACCGGCCAUCUUCAGCAUUCGCUGCCCCUUUGGCAGAACAGGCUGCCGUCCUUCCAUGAUCUCAAGCCAGGGCCCAUCACCCUCCCGUUUCCCAGCAGGCCUGUGCUGUCCUUUGCAAGCGGCAGCGCGGAGAGUCAUGCUCCCAGGCCUGCCGUGGAGCCAUGGAUCUCGGACCAGAGGAGGGUUGUAUCCCACCAGGAAGCAUCCACGUCCGGCAGUCUCCCUGGCCUGGCACCCGGCUCUGGCUCCCAGUCCCCCAUCUUCUCCUUUCACUCCUGGCAUGUCCCAGACCCCGGCAGCUUCUCGGCUGCGGACGGGGGCGUCCCGAGCGCGGGCAGCCCCCCGAAACCGCCCCUGGUGGUGGUGCUUCUGGGGUGGCUGGGGUCCAAGCAGAAGCAUUUGAAGAAGUACGCGGACUGGUACACGCAGCAGGGCAUCCACUGUGUGACGUUCACCAUCCCCAUGGCGAGUGUACUCAGUGUGGGCAAGGGCGGCAGGGCGGAGGCGCACAUCGACGAGCUGGUGGAGGAGAUCAAGCACUGGGUAGUGGAGAUCAACGCGGGCGCGGGCGCGGGGGAGGAGCACGCGCUCAUGUUCCACACGUUCAGCAACACGGGCUGGCUCAUGUACGGCGCGGUGCUGGAGAAGCUGCACAAAGAGGGCAGCCCGCUGCUGACCAAGAUCCGUGGCUGUGUCGUGGACUCUGCGCCGGUGGUGGACCCAGACCCGCAGGUGUGGGCCUCUGGCUUUGCGGCUGCCCUCUUGGGCAAGCGCAGCAGCGCCGUCCGCUACGACGACCCCGCCCCCCGCAAGCUGCCGGAGCAGCCCGCAGAGGCCCCCGAGCCCCUUCCGCGACCGCAAGCGCCCGCAAACCUGAGAGAAGCGUUCCUGCACUCGGCCCUGGAGAAGUUCUUCUCGGUGUUCCUGCAACUGCCGAUCAUCCGCAAGCGCCUGGCGGAGGUGACAACCGUUCUGGCGGAGAAGCAGCCGGCCAGCCCCCAGCUGUACAUCUACAGCAGCGCGGACAAGGUGAUCCCCGCGCACUACGUGGAGACGUUCAUUGAGGCGCAGAAGCAGCAGGGCCGCAGCGUGACGGCCAAAAACAUGGAGCAUUCGCCGCAUGUGGACCACUUCCGCGCCAACCCCGCCGUGUACACGCAGCACCUGCGCGACUUCCUCAACAAGUGCGUGCCGCAUGUGGCGGCAGCGGGGCACGCGGGACGAGGGCAGGGGACGCCAGUCGCUGAGGCGUAGCUUUAGAGUGACUAUAUGCAUUGCUUAACCAAUGUACUGACAUACGGGACUGAGCAGAGUAUCAAUUCUUUCACCUGGUGUCUGUUACUAAUCUCCAUCGCGUGUUGCUGAAUUCAGCAAGAAACGUUGGGCAGUACGUUGUGCCUGUUAUCUACUAGAUUCCUGUAAAUACACGAAUUGUCUAUUCUUCGGCUAUCGUAGCCAAUUGAUGCAGAUUAUUGAUCACUCAGUCUCGAAUAACAUACUGACAAGGACUUAUCAACAAGUCUUAAAAGUUUUGGACUCAGCUCUGAUCUUGAGUGGAGGGAGAUUGACCGGU